AUGCUGACACCCCAGACAAACAAGCCACUAAUUUUGGACUCUCCCCGACGAUCCUCGAUUCCUGGGUUGCGGAAAUUACGUGUCCAAAUAUCCGAGGAAGAGCCUGAAGGACAAGAAGUGGCCAACUUGCGAUUUCUGAUCAAUGGUUGGUCAGAAAAUGCAAAGGGCUUUCCUAAUAGGAGUGCAAAACACAUUGACAAUUUCCAAAUAUUCAACAGUGAGCCACAAUCUACUUACUUUCAACUAGAUCCUACAUCUGGCAGGCUUCGUAUUGCUCGGAGAAUUGAUCGAGACCAACUGUGUCCAGUUUUCCAUAGUUGCUGUCCUCGAAGUGCAGAAGAUAGUCUUUCGAUAGAAUUGGACUCGUCUGACCCUCCAGCAAACGUAGCGGGGGAGGAUGUUACUGGACAGUUCCUACCAGAGUGUCGAUUAGAUUUGAAUAUACGCUCAGACGAUCAGUACUCAAAUAUUAUCUUGGUACAUGUGCACAUAGUCGAUGUCAACGACAACGCUCCAGUCUGGCCACAUGCUGCGGAUUUGAAGGGUGGAAGUGAAGAACAAAACGGACAGCAUGGCAUCACUGUGCAUUUAUCAGAAAACAGUCUCAUUGGGGAUUCGACAAAUCUCCCGUCAGCUUACGAUGCUGAUGCAGGACUAAACGGCAUCGUUCGAUAUACCCUUAAACCCGAAGUCCCCGAAUUUGACUUGAAGUGGACCACGGACAGUGAGUUGAUUGGCCGGCUGUAUACGGAUGAACAACAUUUGUUUACUCACGGAGAAUCACAGUAUCUCGGUGCAAGACAUGAACUACGCUUGGUGGUCAAGAAACUCUUGGAUCGGGAACAGUGCCCUUUCUACGAUUUGACUGUAACUGCCUUCGACGGUGGCUCACCGAGUCGGAACGCCUCCACACCACUGAAGGUUAUAGUGACCGACGCAAAUGAUAAUUCUCCCAGGUUUCAAAAGGAUACAUAUACGGUUGAACUCAUGGAAAAUUCAAAGCCACACACGUCGGUUGUACAGGUUACUGCAUUGGACGAUGACGAAGGUGUGAAUGGUCGGAUCAAGUACCGCUUCAGCCCACUCACGAAACCAGAGUUCAUGCGUAUGUUUAAACUAGACGCUGUCACCGGAUGGAUUCGCGUCCAAUGGGAGGUCGAUUACGAACUGUACAAGAAAAUUAUUUUGACCGUUGAAGCCGUGGAUAGUGGUCAACUUCCGCGGGCAUCAACAUGUGUUGUGGAAAUUGUCGUGCUGGAUGAAAAUGAUCAUGCACCGGAAAUCCGAUUCGAACCGGCUUUCGUGACAAACUAUGCCCUCGUGCCAGAGAACGAAAACCCAGCAGGUCGACUGGUUGCCGUGUUCACUGUGACCGACCGAGAUGCUGGAGAGAACGGACGCGUCGCAUGCCAACUUGCAGAACCCAGCCGUUGGCAUUUCCAGUCACCGGACCCAAAAAUAAUCAAGGCUUUGAUUUCCGCCGAUCCCCCUAAUGCGUUUUUCAAACUGCAACACAUGCAAGUUCCGUUCUCUGUCAUACAGACUUGUGGGACCAGUUUCGUGGGCCAGUUCAAGUUCAGAGGUCGUACAAGUUUCCUUUGGAUGCAAAGUUGUGGAUCCAGCAGUCGGAUUCCUAUCACCUCUGCGAUCGAUAGUAGUCUGGAUCGUACCAGUCGUGAUCCGCUCAGAGGUACUCGGUAUAUGAUGGUUUCGGCCAAGUGUGCUGCAAUCGCGCUUGAGCCUAGUUUCUUUCCACUACCACUCAGAGAUACGGGAUUGUGUUCUCAUAUUCUGUCCGACAAAUGCCUUGUCGUACGACCAACGUUUGAUGCUCGGCACGACCAUACGAAUGAGUACACACAAAAGCUGGCGGCAGAACGUGGCAAUUUGUCUUUCAAGCAGAAUCUGAUGGUGGGGCUGGAGUUGAAGCUCAAACAUAGAUUAGCGGCCAAAGGUCGCACAAGUUUCUUUUGGAUGCAAAGUUGUGGAUCCAGCAGUCGGAUUCCUAUCGCCUCUGCGAUCGAUAGUAGUUUGGAUCGUACCAGUCGUGGUCCGUUCAGAGGUACCCGGUAUAUGAUGGUUUCGGCCAAGUGUGCUGCAAUCGCGCUUGAGCCUGGUUUCUUUCCACUACCACUCAGAGAUACGGGAUUGUGUUCUCGUAUUCUGUCCGACAAAUGCCUUGUCGUACGACCAACGUAUGAUGCUCGGCACGAGCAUACGAAUGGGUACACACAAAAGCUGGUGGUAGAACGUGGCAAUUUGUCUUUCAAGCAGAAUCUGAUAGUGGGGCUGGAGUUGAAGCUCAAACAUAGAUUAGCGGCCAAGUAUGUCUGCUCCCUCCUUUCAGUUCUCUUCGAACGGCACUCCGACGCAUUUACUCCUUUUGUUCACCAAAGGUACAAACUCACAACCGCUGCCGUAUUUGACCGCGAGGCGAUAUCACAAAUCACUGUUUUGAUUGUCUGCUCAGACUACGGGCAACCCCCACGAAACACCAGUGGCGCAGUGGCAGUGAGAAUUACAGAUAUGAACGAUGUAGAACCAAAGUUUCCGAGGGAAAGAUUCUACAUGAACGUUCGAGAAGAUGUACUCGUUGGCAGCAUCUUGUUCACGGUAAACGCAACAGACUUUGAUGAAGGUAGAAAUGCCAAGCUGACUUAUUGGCUCUCCGGACCGGAUAUGGACUAUUUUGCGGUUAACGAAAACAACGGCGAGAUCUCCGUCAGGCGUCCUAUGGAUCGUGAGCUCAAAUCGUCACUUCAUUGUCGGAUCCACGCGGUUGAUCAAGGUACACCGCCGCUCAAUUCAUCAGCAGAUGUCUUGGUAUCCGUGACCGAUGUCAAUGACAACCCGCCGGUCAUUACGGAGAGGGUCGAGUUCGAAAUCAAAGAAAAUCACGCAGCGUCUGCUCCAAUUGGCCAACUGACAGCAUCGGAUCGUGACGCUGGUCGAAAUGCAGAAGUGAGCUUUUCACUGGUUCAGUGUUUAGCCCAUCCAUUGGAAGUUAUGACGUCCAGUUCCAAUGCUGGGCAAGGCAAUGGAAGCUGGACCAGGCAAGUGGAGACACUCUACACAUUCCUUGUCGCAAAAGAUGGCCGCAUAUUUCUUGGACAGGCUAAGCUUGAUCGAGAAUCCUUUCCAGCGUACGAUCUCGUGGUCAAGGCUGAGGACCAUGGGCAGCCCCGUCUGAGUGCGACGUCCACAGUGCUUAUCCGUAUUCUGGAUGUUAACGACAAUGCUCCGACUUUCACUUUUCCAUCUUCUGGAAACAAUACAGUCUAUGUGCCGCGAUCAACUGAACCUGGUCUUCCCUUGACAACAGUACAAGCAUUUGACAGGGAUAGCGAAGACAACGGCCGGGUACGGUACACUUUGAAAGGUGAUCGGCAGGGGGUACACCAUGACCUAUUCUCGCUAGAUUCACAAACAGGUGAACUUCGCUUGCGGCGCUCCGUCGAUCAAAGGUCACCGCUAUUACCUGAAGGUGUUCAAUCAAAUUCAACCAAUCUGGUCAAUAAUCCGGAUCCUCAUGCUUCGGACGAAGCGAGUUCCGAUGUAUACGCCCAACAGUCCGCCUUCAACUUACUUAUUACGGUGCGUGACAAACUUUUUUCGAAAUCACUGUAUUAA